AUGGUGUCUUACAAAAUCCUUAUCAACGGCCAACCAAGCAGAGGUUUGCUUAAGAAGGAAGCUUUGGAAAAGAGGAUUCAUGGUCAAUUGGUUAAUCUCGACAAGUCGGAGGUAUCUUUCAGUAAAAAUGUGCGUGAAAAGGAUAAAGCUAUGAUCCGUGCAAGGAUGGGGGUAAAGACAGUUGAUAAUCACUCUAGAUAUCUUGGCGUGCCAGUGAUCUUUGGAAAAUCAAAAAAGGAGGUUUUUUCACUUGUCGUGGAAAGAGUGUGGAAGAAAAUUAAGGGUUGGAAGGAACAAUUCUUGUCUAGAGCUGGGAAAGAAGCUUUAAUUAAAGCGGUGGCUCAAGCAAUUCCAACAUAUGUGAUGAGCUGCUACAAAAUGCCAUAA